GUGGUUCAUCAAUAAGCUACGCACUCUUUCCCUUAGAAAUUAAAGAGCAGUUUGUAUCAAGCAAAGAUGUCCAUUGCAGCUUCAGCACUUGUUUCAACCCAAAAUGCAGUAUCUGAUGUCAAGCGACCUUGCGCCAAUUUUGCUCCUAGCAUAUGGGGAAAUACUUUCCUUCAAUAUGCUUCUGAAUCAAUGCACCAAGAAGUCGAUGACAUUAUGAACCAGCAAGCUCAAAUCCUAAAAGAGGAGGUGAAAAUGAUGUUUCAAUCAUCAAAUCCAAAUAUCAUGCAAAAAUUAAAUUUCAUUGACUCCAUCCAACGUUUUGGUAUAUCCUACCAUUUCCAAAAGGAAAUUAAUCAAGCAUUGGAACAAAUUCACAAUACCUUGACCAAAGAUAACACUAUCAUAAGUGAAGAUGGAAAUCAUCACUUUCUUGCUCUACUCUUUCGAUUACUUAGGCAACAAGGAUAUCAAAUUUCAUCAAAUGUGUUUAACAAAUUCAAAAAUGAGCAAGGAAAUUUCAAUGAAACACUUGCCAACGAUAUUCAAGGGUUGUGUAGUUUGUAUGAAGCUGCACAUCUAAGAAUUGAUGGGGAUGAUGUAUUGGAAGAAGCAUAUGACUUCUCAAAUACUCAACUUAUGUCCUUGGCCAACCAAUUGAGUCCAUCUCUUGCUGCACAAAUCAAUCACUACUUAAGGCAACCACUUAACAAGAGUGUACUUAGGUUUGAGGCAAGGUAUCACAUGACUGUCUAUGAACAAGAUUCUUCCCAUAAUGAAAUCUUACUAACCUUUGCAAAAGUAGAUUUCAAUAUUCUUCAAAAAAUGCAUCAAAAAGAAAUUGGCAUUAUCACCAAGUGGUGGAAACAAUCAAAUGUUAUGAAAAAGGUCCCUCAUGCUAGAGAUAGAUUAGUUGAGUGCUAUCUUUGGAUCUUGGCCAUGUCUUACAAGCCUGAAGAUAGCAACGGAAGAAUGUUUGCGGGAAAAUUGAGCACUGUUAUCACUCUUUUAGAUGAUGCUUAUGAUGCUUAUGGAACUGUUGAAGAACUUGAACUCUUGACUGAAGCAUUUAAGAGGUUGAUGUGCUUUGCAAAUUAUAGCAUAUAUAUAAAUUGUUCAAAGGGUUUAGGGUUUAGGGACUAUUUUGAGCAACAAAGAGUACAUGUUGCCUCAUCUGUGGAAUGUUGCAUGAAUCAAUAUGGAAUUUCAGAAGUAGAGGCCUAUAAGCUCAUUCGCAAGGACAUUGAAAAUUAUUGGAAGGUUAUAAAUGAAGAGUACUUCAAUUCCUACAAUAUCCCCAAAUCUGUGCUUGAUUGUGGAGCUAAUUUUGCACGUAUGUAAGAGUUUCCUUAUGAAAUCCGCCUGGAUAAAUUCACAAAUGGAGAAUUAUUAAAAGAUGAUGUUUCUUCUCUACUUUUGAAUCCCAUUAGCCUCGAAGAAUGCAAGUAGAAGAAGCUGUCUCACAUAUAAGAGGAGGACAUGUUGUUUUAACUUUUGGACGUACUAUCAUUGUGCAAUAUGCACUAGCAAGCAUAAAUAAAAGGGCAUUGUGGGUGUGAAAGUCGAUCGAUUCAUCCUACAUGAAAUGCUCAAUGUGUAAGUUGUGAUAAAUAAUGUUGUUUGUAGUCGUGUGUGCUGUCAUUUGCUAAUAAAAUUUGUGCUUGUUAAUUUUUGUAUCA